UCUCGCCGCAAGCACAGCAGGAAGGUGCCUGAAGUGAGGUUUGGAAGGUGCCGAUCGACACCCUUCCCUCUUCUCCGUCGAGCCCCGGCCGCACCGCUCCUGUCUCGUCUCCGUCCGCAAAACCGCCUAAGGCAGCGCCGCGCAUUCUCCGGCGAGCACUUGUCAUGGCAGGCCGCCCAUCUUGGUCUGUCCGGUGCUCGUCGCUGGUUUCCAUGGAGAUCCGUCCAGUGUGCCUGCUGCUUCUACUCCUGCUUCCUGGAGCUUCAGCUGGUGAGCCGACCUCCAAGGAGACACCAGAUGGGAGCCAGAAGUGGGGCUACGUGGUACCUCGUCACGAGGUGAACAUGUUCUACUGGUGGUUUAGGAGCCCACAGCGCCCAUCUGCAUCCGCCUCCGCCUCUGCCUCUGGCUCGGCCACAUCCAAGCCAUGGCCGACCGUCCUCUGGUUGCAGGGCGGCCCGGGAGGUUCUGGCUCAGGCCGGGGCAACUUCCUUGAGAUCGGGCCAUUGGACAUCAACUUGAAGCGGAGGAAAUUCACGUGGCUCAGAGUCGCUGACCUCAUUUUCGUAGACAGCCCGGUUGACGUUGGGUUCAGCUACACUGACAACCCGAGAGCCCUGGCGAAGACAGAUGCGCAGGUGGCCGCAGACCUGUUCGGCGUCAUAAAGAUGCUGCUCAAGGAGUUGGCCAGCCUGCCGAACAGCCCUCUCUACCUGGUGGGCGAGUCUUACGGCGGGAAGACUGCUGCCAUGGUGGGUGUUCUUCUGGCAAGGGCCAUCCAAGACCGAACCAUCGAUAUCACUCUCGGAGGUGUUGGCAUUGGAGACGGCUGGAUCUCUCCAGGAGAUUUCUCGAGUUCGUAUGGACCGCUGCUAUACUCCGUGUCUAGGCUGAACGAUAACGCCGUCGCAGAUGUCAACAAAAUGGGGGUGAUGGUGAACGAGCAGAUGGCUGCAGGGCAGUUUGCCAAAGCCCAACAAACUUGGACGGACCAGUUAGAUCUCAUUGACUCGCAGAGUGACGGCGUGAACCAGGACAACUUCUUGCUUGACGUGGGCAUGAAUCCUGUGUUGGAAAGUUCUUUGUGUUUAACAGGCAGCCAGUUGAUGUAUCAUGGCAGCCUUAAAUCUAACACCACUGCUCUGGUCUCCAUUGAUAUUGAUGAGUUUAUGAACAAACGCAUCAAGCCAACGCUCCAGAUAAUUCCUAAAUCCAAAGUGUGGGAGGAAGCGACGCUUGCAGUCUAUGAACAAUUGAAAAACGACUUCAUGAGACCCGCAAUCGAUGAAGUUGAUGAGCUACUUGCUCGUGGGGUUAAUGUCACAAUUUAUCAGGGACAGCUCGAUGUGAUCGUCCCAGCUGUCGGUGCAGAAGCAUGGGUUAAGAAGCUCAAAUGGGAUGGCAUUAACCAUUUCCUGAGCUUGCGAAGGAGUCCCUUACAUUACUGUGACACUGCUGCUAAAUAUUGUUCCCAGCAGAUUAGGGCAUAUGUAAGGUCUCAUGAAAACCUUGCUUUCUACUGGGUUCUUGGAGCCGGUCACAUGGUCCCUGUUGACCAGCCUUACCCUGCGUUCAGAACCAUUGCAAGUAUCACAGACUCUUCAGGUGACAUAGAUGAUGUAUAUUGAUGGGAUGACAAUGUGAGCUGAGCUGUUAUGUAACUGCUAAACUAGUUGAAUUAGCAUCCUACCUGACUUGUAUGUGCACUGCUACUGAAAUAUUCUUUAGAUGAAUGCUGAACUACUGAUCGCCUCAUGCAUGCGAAGUGAGGCCGUGAAUUGUGUGUGCCCAUCCAUGUGCGUUGUGAAUUUAUUGAGA